GCCUGCGCCCCCCUCUGUCUCUCCCUCCUCCGCGCGUGGACAUGUCACGUUUCACUGAUGCCUGAAAUAUUCAGCACACUCCUCUGCAGAAAUACCAAGUUGCAGGAGAAGACCUUCAUUUGGUUACAAUGGCAGAGAAAAUUCAGCCAGCAUUACUUACAGCUCACCCUGGAAAAGAAAGCCUGAGGCAGAAAAGGCUGCAAGGAAAAAAGGCUCUGGAUAAAGAAAGUCUACCCGAGUGAACAUUGGUGCGCGUUUGAGUGGCGGAGAAUGGCCUGAGAAGUGAUGCAGAGGUUGCUCUCUCUCUGUAGGACAGUCAUGAGAAUGGCUAAUGAGUCGGCCCAGUUUCCACUGGAUAUGGACUGCUGCUUUGUGGCUCCGGUCCGGUUUUGCUCUGCCUUUUGGCAGUCCCCACCAGUUGCAGUUUGAGUCUGCCAUGGCGCAGUAAUGUUAUGCUGAAUUGCUGCGUCGUGCUCCGGCAUCUCCUCCUCCCUGCUGAGUCCCACUGCCAGAUGCCUGUUGAAGCUUGUGGGGACGUGGCUUUGGACGGAGGACUGACUGGAUGGAAAGGAGGGGGGCAACUUAUAGGAGAAGAUGCCAGUGGUGGUGGAUCCGGUCUGGUGUUGCUCAGGGACUGAGGUGUUUGACUGCAGAACAGGCGCCAGGAGGCAGCUUCAUCUCCUAGUUUUACAUUACAUCUGCCCUGAUGUAAUUCAGUGAACCACACAGAGUGAAAAGCCCGUACAGGGAGGAGGGCGAGGAUGGACGGUUGAGAUGAACGUAACGCAAGUAACUGAGGGGCAGAAGACGCGAGGCGCUGAAGUGUUUCUCCUCCUGGUGUGUGAAUGGGUGGGGGGGUCCUUCGUGGUGAAGAAUCAAGGAUUGAAGUCAACACAGAGUGCUCCGGUUUAAUGGCUGGCAGGUAGAGGCCGAAGAGGGACAAUCAACAUGAACUCGAUUCCGUCGAUGGACAGACACAUACAGCAGACCAAUGACCGUCUGCAGUGUAUCAAACAGCACUUACAAAAUCCAGCAAAUUUCCAAACGGCAGCAACCGAGUUGCUGGACUGGUGUGGCGACCCCCGAGCCUUCCAGCGACCCUUCGAGCAAAGCCUGAUGGGAUGCCUAACGGUGGUCAGCCGCGUAGCAGCGCAGCAGGGCUACGACUUGGACCUGGGCUACCGGCUCCUGGCCGUGUGCGCUGCCAACAGGGACAAGUUCACUCCAAAAUCAGCAGAAACCGACUGCUGCAGGAGGUGUCAGUCUGACUCAGCUCUUCUGUCGUCGUGGUGCGAGGAGCUGGGACGCCUCCUCCUCCUCCGUCACCAGAAAAACAGGCAGAACGAGCCGCCGGGAAAAGUGCCCAUGCAGCCCCCCAUGAGCUCCAUGAAGCCCGGCCUCUCACACGGAGAUGGGUCUUUUCCCUAUGACUCAGUUCCCUGGCAACAGAACACCAAUCAGCCUCCAGGUUCGUUGUCCGUGGUGACUACAGUGUGGGGUGUGACCAACACAUCGCAAAGCCAGGUGUUGGGAAAUCCCAUGGCAAACAACAACAAUCCUAUGAACCCUGGGGGUAACCCUAUGGGCUCGGGUAUGUCUGGUAACAACCCAGGGAUGAACUCUCCUCAGUUCCCCGGUCCUCAGCAGCAGUUCCCAAACAAAGGAAACUCCAACCAGGCCUACAUGCAGCAGGGGAUGUAUGGACGACCCAACUACCCUGGAGGAGGAGGCUUUGGUGGCAAUUACCCUGGAGGGCCUAAUGCUGGACCUGGAGGAAUGGGUAUCCCUCCACACUCCCGUCCCCCGUCAGAUUUCACCCAGCCUGCUGCUGCUGCCGCUGCUGCUGCUGUUGCAGCUGCUGCCGCCACUGCAACAGCCACUGCCACAGCGACCGUAGCUGCCCUGCAAGAAACCCAGAACAAGGACAUGAACCAAUACGGACCGAUGAGUUCCUCUUUCCAGAUGGCACCAAACCAGGCAUACAACAGCCAGUUCAUGAACCAGCCAGGACCCCGCGGCCCUCCAUCCCUCCCUGGGAACAUGGGCACAGGCAUGAAUGCAUCCAACAUGAGCGGGCCUCCCAUGGGAAUGAACCAGCCUAGGGGCCAAGGCAUGGGACCUUUUACAGCCCACGGUCAGAGGAUGCCCCAGCAAGGGUAUGCAGGACCCCGGCCUCAGGGCAUGGGUAUGCAGGGCAUAAAAAGGCCAUACCCGGGAGAGCCAAACUACGGUGGGCAGCAGUAUGGACCAAACAGCCAGUUUCCUAACCAGCAGGGGCAGUACCCCACACCCAACGCCUCGAGGCCUCUGCCGUCCCCCAACUACCCGGGCCAGAGGAUGCCAGGACAGCAGCUGCAGGGCCAGUACCCACCACCUAGUGGUGCCAUGGGCCAGUACUACAAGCAAGAGCCACCUUUCAAUGGCCAAACAAAUAACUUCUCUGGGAGUGGAUAUCAGUACAACCAGGGUACUAUGAAUGGGCCACCCAGACCGGUGGGAAACUACCCUCACUCUCCUGUGCCAGGCAACCCAACCCCUCCAAUGACCCCAGGAAGCAACAUCCCUCCAUACCUGUCGCCAAACCAGGAUGUGAAGCCACCCUUCCCUCCUGACAUCAAACCAAAUAUCACCGCUCUCCCUCCCCCAGCCAACCACAAUGAGGAGCUGCGUCUGACGUUUCCAGUGCGGGAUGGAGUUGUCCUAGAGCCCUUCAGGCUAGAGCAUAACCUGGCUGUCAGCAACCACGUCUUCCACUUACGUCCAUCUGUACACCAGACACUCAUGUGGAGAUCGGACCUGGAGCUGCAGUUUAAGUGCUACCACCAUGAAGACCGUCAGAUGAACACCAACUGGCCGGCGUCGGUCCAAGUCAGCGUAAACGCCACACCGCUCACCAUUGAGCGGGGCGACAAUAAGACCUCCCACAAACCCCUGCACUUGAAACACGUAUGCCAGCCAGGGAGGAACACGAUCCAGAUCACAGUCACUGCCUGCUGCUGUUCGCACUUGUUUGUGCUGCAGCUGGUCCACAGGCCCUCAGUACGCUCCGUGCUCCAGGGCUUACUGAAGAAGAGGCUUCUGCCUGCAGAGCACUGCAUCACCAAAGUUAAGAGGAACUUCAGCAGCGUCGCAGCAUCAUCGGGGAACGCGACGCUCAACGGAGAGGACGGCGUGGAGCAGACGGCCAUUAAGGUUUCCCUCAAAUGUCCGAUCACCUUCCGGCGAAUACAGCUUCCAGCAAGAGGCCACGACUGCAAGCAUGUUCAGUGUUUUGAUUUGGAAUCAUAUUUACAACUGAACUGUGAGCGGGGGACAUGGCGAUGUCCUGUAUGCAAUAAAACAGCGUUGUUAGAGGGACUCGAAGUGGACCAGUACAUGUGGGGAAUCUUGAACGCAAUUCAGAACUCGGAGUUUGAGGAGGUGACCAUCGACCCGACGUGUAGUUGGCGGCCAGUGGCUAUAAAAUCUGACAUCCACAUCAAGGAGGAUCCAGAUGGACCGCUGGCCAAGAGGUUCAAAACGAUGAGUCCCAGCCAGAUGAUCAUGCCCAAUGUGAUGGAAAUGAUAGCCCAGCUCGGCCCCGGACCCUCGCCAUACCCCUUACUAUCUCAGCAAGGGGGCAACAACAGCGAAUACGGCAGCCAAGGCAACAGUUACCAGGGGCACGGGAACUUUGAUUUCCCUCACGUCACCCCCGGUGGUACGUCGAUGAAUGACUUCAUGCACGGUCCCCAGCUGUCUCACCCGCCUGACGUGCCCAACAGCCUGAUGGCCCAAGACAAGCCUCUCUCCCACAACAUGCCUGACUCAAUACCUCACUCUGCCGGUAACGACCAGUCGCACGGUCCGUUGCAGCAGGGCUUACAUGCAUCUCCGCACCCUGGGAGCCAAUCAGGGCAGCAGCUACACCACAGCGGGCCUCCUCAACCGUCACGACAAGCUCCGCCUCCUCAGCAACAACAGCAGCAGCAGCAGCAGCAGCCCGGCCCCAACAACCAUCCCCACGGCGACCUGGCCUUCAACCCCUCCAGUGGUUUGGACAACCAAGCAGGGUCGGACAUGCCCGAGCCAUCUUUAGACCUUCUUCCAGAGCUGGCUAACCCAGACGAGCUGCUGUCGUACCUGGACCCUCCGGACCUUCCCAGCAAUAGCAAUGACGACCUUCUAUCGCUCUUCGAAAACAACUGAGGCAAUUUCAGACACACAUAAAACUUUUUCUGACUGCCUGCAGAGAGCCCAGGGGGGCAGUCGCUCAGUACUUGAUAAACGCAAAGAUGCACUCCCUUUCUCUUCUUCCUCUUGUACAGUUUUCAUUGGCCAGCGCAGAUUGACUGAAAGAGGUUUAAAACUCAAAGACACGGUGGGACGCGGGGUGCCCUCUCAUCCCGCGGCGAUACUUUUUGAACUGUGCAGCUAUACUCAGUUGAUUUUUUUAACGCCACACACAGGUGUAUGUGUGCACAUUAGGAAACGUGUUGUAGCAUUUUUUAUUCAUGUUUUGUUUCCUUUUGAGACUUAAAAAAGGAAUUCACUGUAUAAAAACAGAAAAACAACUGAAAAAAAAAGAACCUGCGCUAUCUGGCCAGUGUGCAUUAUGUCCAUAUUGUUAGUCCAAUCUGAGAAGCCUCCUGGUGUCACAGCUCCAUUCCCUGACUGGUCUGGUUAGUCGCACUGUUUUUUGUCCCACCACGCAUCAUUUAAAAGCACAAAGAGAUUUUGGCAAUGCAACAAAAAAAAAAAAAAACAACUUCACAAAAGUAAAGAAUUAGAUCAGUGUGUGUCUCCUUGACAAAAUGUUUUCUAAAGGAUUUCUUGCUCUUUAUGCCAAACGUUUUAAAGCAAAUUUUUGGGAAAUGAUUGGCUUCCAAUUUUUUCACAAUUUGAUACGAACAUAUUUUUGUCAACAAAAGAGAAAUCCCUGCCCCUCGGUCCUCUGAGGGUUGACAGCUGGAAAGGAGAUCUUGGCCCCACUGAAAACAAUUUAUAGCAUACCUGCACUUCUACAUUGUAUAGCUAUUGUCCUCCCGUACAGAGGAGUGAUUUUAAAGGAAAAAUAAAAGGUACAAUAUGAGAGAUCGGGGGUUUCUGUAAUGAUCCUGCUGCGUUUUUUAAUGCUUGCUGCUACAACUCCUUCCACGCCGUCCGCUCCUAUGAGCGGUUAGCGUCGCUCCUGUCAGCAUUUUUUGCAAUCUCUCUCCCUGUUAAAUGAUGUGCUGUUUAAGUAGUCUGCAAAAGUGCAUGUGUGCCAAGCCCCUUUUGUCUAGUGCUGUUCCAAGUGGUGAAAAGAAAAAAAAGUUAGUGUGGUUUUUACUCUUUUUUUUUUAUAUGUUUGUUUUGUUUUUGUUUUUUUUUUGUCUUUUGAUUUCUGUCAGAUUUAGAAUGAUUUAUUUAACACUAACAUUUGAAGGGAUAACGCUGAUAUCUGCGAUGCAUUCGCCGGAUAGACUGUAUUAUUAUUUGUUUUGAUCUCCUGUUUUUUGUUUUUUUUUUGUUGCUGCAUAAUUAGAAUUAUCCAUAAAUCUUCUUUUGGGGGGGUGGGGAGGGGAACAGCUCAACAUCACCAAAGUUAAAGAGGGAUGAGAAUGGAGACGUUUGUGUUUGCUCGGUCCUGCGUUAAGACUGCGAGAGUGCGUGUGUGUGUGUGUGUGCGACUGCAUGUGUGCGAGUGUGUGUUUCCAUUAGUGUGAUGGGAGGUAAUAUUGAUUUCAAAGAUAUAAGGGGGAGGACGAAUACAGUUUUAUCCAUCACUGCUGUUUCAAGAAGUGGUCUUUAAAGCAGUAUUGGUGCAGACCUUUUUUUUUUUUUUUUUUGGCCACGUUUGUUUUCAAUUUCACUUUUUCUGAGAAGAGUGCUGUUCAGUAUGCAAAUGUAUUAUUUUUUAAGAAAUGCUAUUGUACUGUAAAUAUCAUUGUGAAUAUUUUUGUAUCAUCUUGAUAAUGUCUGUCCUUUUGAUCAUUAGUCGUCCAAGCUAACCACGUAAGCCCCCUCCCCACCCCCCCGCCUACCGAACUCCCAUCUAACCACUGACUUUGUUUGUAACCAGCAUAAGGCGGGCUGUCAAGUCGGCCGGUCCAAAUGUCUCAUAAGCUAUUUUCCUGCAGGUCAUCGUGCUUUUUCUAGUCACUUUUUUUCACCUCCUGGUGCACUCCCGUCAGAUGGGUGUCCUCCUCUUCCCCAGCGUCAGCGCAAGGUGAUUGUGUAGCAUCAUGUCAGGUUUUUUUUCAGAUGUCAAGCUCAAGUUCGACGCAACAUUUUCUUUUCACGCUCCGGUGUAUUUGUUCGAGAAAAUGAUCAAUGUUGUCUAUCCAUGAGUUUUAUGUUGACAUUUCAUCAGUGAUACUGAAUAACGAGUAAUGUUUUUUUUAAAGAUGCGGUAUUGGCUGGCUUUCAGUGUAAUUAGUGAGCUAUGUGAAUAUCAUAAUUGUUGCUAAUUGUCAAUACACAGUGGUAUUUUAAAGAUAUAUCACAACCAUAUUUUAAAGAAAUCCAUGAUAUUGUUUAUAUUUUUGUUAUAGAAAAUGUGGCUUUUUUUAAAAAAGGCACAAGACCAUAUACAUUUUUAUCCCCUUUUUGUUUUUUGUUUUUUUGGUAAAUUAUUUUGUACUGGUUUUUCUUAUUAAUCUGUAAGGCUAAAAAAUCCAAUUUCUUUCGACUGUAGCAUUGUGCUGAUUCGAUUCACCGCCCUGGUUUUAUGUCGACAUUACUUUUAAACGUUGUUUCUGAGAAAUAUUGUUUGUUCCAGUUCAGCACACACACUGACAUAUUGUUUCAUAUUUCUGUCACAGAGAGACAUCAAAUCAAAUAAUCCCUCUUUCAACGAUACACUGCCACUUUUUCAUUUUUAAAAAAAAAUACCAAAACAUUUGAUUCAAAAACUUUCCAUCAGUCCCGUGGAGGUCGUCACCAUUUCAUGUUCUGUUCUCACUUUCAAGGAAGCCAAUUCGGUGUAUAAGGCAGCACUCCAAAAUCUGUAGUUGCACAAUCACAAUAAAAGGGCCAUUUCUGUGGGGGGAAGUUGUUUUAAAAAAAAAAAAUAAUAAAAACAAUAAUAAAAAAUUUAAAAACACAGAGAGUAAGGGCACGCUUAUCAUUCUGGCCUGGAAAUGAUGUCGAGGGCAAGGCUAGAUCAAAACGUCCCAAGGAUGCCUGUAUAUAUGUAAAUGAAUAUAGAGACAUGUGAACAGAAAUUUAUUCAUUUUCCCUGGGAAUGUGCAUUGUUUCUUCAGAAUAAUAAAAAGCUUGCAACCCCUCUACUGGAAGUGGCUGAAUAUGGAAAAAUGAAACUUGUUAGUUAGUGUCUGUGGGUAUCUCUCAGCAUUUUGUUCCCCCUGCUGUAAAAUACUUUCACCUGUUUUUGUUAGGGGAACUGGGACAGCUAUGUUUUACAUGUAAUAUUUAGCCUAAGUGUUCUAGUCUGUCACCUGCAUACUCUGAGGUGCUAAAGCUAAAAAAAAGAAAACUAGAAAAAAAAAGGAAAAAAAUAAACAAAGGUUACAAAGAAAAUCGCUCGGAGGGGUGGGAGAGAGGCGGUGGGAGGGGACGGGUCCAGAAGAUUGUAACCGAAUCCAUAGUUUGUACAAUUUUUUGAUAUCAUGAGCAGUUGGAAAAAUGAUACAAUCUAAGGUGAUUCAUGCAAUGUGGCCAUUGUCUCUAUUGUGUACAUUGUAUGUACAAUCAUUUCAUAUUCUAAACUGGUCAGAAAAUAAAGGAACUAAUUGUGAUUUUUAGUCUUGCAGAACUGUAUGUAGUUAGAUGAUGUGACAACCUAAUAUUUAUCUAAUAAAUAUGUAUUCAGAUGAUA